AUGCAACGUAUUUUCGUUGCACGAACAGUUGCAGCCGCAUCUUGUUUGAGACGUUCUCCUGCCGUGGCUUUGUUGAUCUCUACACGUCAAAGUAGUAGUAGUAGUAGUAGUAGUAGUGGUAAUAGCAGCAACAGCAAUAAUAACAGCAGUGAGAGUAAUAACAAGAAUGAUUCCAAGGAGAGAGAGACAAAACAAUCUUCUGCAAAUACGUCUAAGGAUGAGUCUCAUAAGAGUUCUCUAUAUAUUAACUUUAUGGGUUCAUCCUCACGAUUUACAUUUGCGUCUCCAAUAUCAACCUUAGCCGAUAUAAACGCAUUAGAGAGAGAACAAUUAACACAUUUCCCUCCUGAACGUUUGAAUGAUUAUUGUUGUAUUUACCUUGUGAAACUUCUGCGUUGGUGUUCUGAUAAACUCUUUCGAGAACGUUAUCUUCAUCGUGCCACGAUGUUAAAAACGAUUGCACCUGUAGCCCCAUUUUCUGGAGCUCUAGUCAUGUAUCUUCGCAUGAUGUUUAAAAAGAAAUCACCGGUUAGUAUAACAGGAAAAGGAGGAUAUGCAGAUGAAGUUCGAGGACUAUUGGCACAAGCCGAAUCACACGCUUCUCACUCUCAUUUUCUUAUGUGUGUAUCAGAAAUAACAUACAUUGAGCGAGUUGCGGUACUUUUUCUUCAAUCCAUACAUUUUACAAUAUUUAUGAUACUUUUUCUACUGUAUCCACGAAUGGCGUUUCGACUCUUGGGUUAUCUUGGUGAAGAGUCUGUAGUGAUAUGGACACAUAUGAUAAAUGAUAUUGAUUUGGGUAAAGUUAGCGAGCGAAUGGUGCCAAAAGAGGCGAUAGACUACUGGGGACUGCAUGGCUUCAAACCAGCAGUUGCUGGUGAGAUGAAGGAUAGUAGUUCUACAGAGGAUGAAGGCAAAGAGAAUAAAACAGAAACGCAGCAAUCAUUAGAGAAAGAAGAACAGCAAAAGGAAGAAGAUGUCUCAUCGGAGUUAAUUACAUUACGUGAUGUAAUUUUACUUUUGCGUUCUGAUGAAAUGGUAUGGCGUGAUGUAUGCCAUCGGGCUGCAAGUGAUGUUGACCAGACUCAAUCCAAAGAGAAGUCCUUCUUUUCCUCUUUUUUCUUGUAG